AUACCUACGUGGUAGUGUUUUCCUUUGCGUAGAUCGAUAGAUAGGCAUUCCCGAAAAAUCUUGAACGUGUUGAAAAGCAGCCCCAAAUCUGUUCAUCAUCCAUUUUUGAGUCAUUCGGUCCUGCCACCGAGAACGUAUUCGACCAUGACCGAGUGCUGGGGAGAGUCAAGCUCUCCCUCACGGGGGCCUUCUUCUUGCAAGGACAACAAAAAAUGGCUCCAGCGUCGAUCGGCAAAAAUGUCCCGUGUGGUUCGCUGCAUGGCUACUGCAGCAGCAGGAAUAAUACCCCACUGCUGCAUUCGGUCUGCCCAUGCCUCUCUGGCGAUGAACAACCUACCGCCAUUGCCAUCGUCUUUCGGCGCCGGAGCGCCCAAUACACCAAACGGAAUACAGCUAAGCGGCAACGUCAACCCUGGUAAUGCCGCACCACCAUCACCUGCUUCCGGCGCGCUCUUCCCCGGCCUUGGUUCACCCGCCGGCCCAGCUGCAUCCGCUGCUGACCUCCCCUGCCCGGGUCUGUUGCCGCGCGCUACCAACGUCGGGCCCGACUGUUGGGCGAAGUUGUGGGUCGCAGCGGGAUGUUUGGAAAACACCGUUCCGCCGUACGAGCAGUGGCACGCGUCGCAAUCUCUAGAGGUCCUUCUGAUCGACGCGCAGCAAUGGGCCACGUUACCUGACGCAAAACAUAGAAAGCAGUGCUACGGGAGGGAGGACGCCGGGCCGCCCGCAGUACAAGGUGCAGAACAAGGCCCUGGAGCAGGCUCGAUCGCCGCUCCUGGCGUCAAGCCCCCCUCGUCUGUGAACAUUGUGUACGCGGCAAAUUCCGAUCACUUUGUGCAGUUGGUGCAGAAAAACGGGGGCAGCAUGGUCAGCAUCGUGAAUUUCGGGAGUGAGAUGUGCGGUUUCUGCACACUGAUGGCGCCGGUGUUUGAGCUGUUGGCGGAAAAGUUCCGGACGAAGUACGGCCCGGAAAAAAUCCAGUUUUUGUACAUUGACGUACAAACCGUGCCCGAUGUUGGAGACGCGUUCGGCGUGCAAGGGUUACCGGCGUUCCGUGCGGUGGUUGGUAACGCCGUCAUUCCGCAUUUGGUGGUCGACGGUGCAGACACGGCGGGGCUGGAGAGAAUGGUCGAAGAGGCGUGUAAAUUAGGCAACUUGGCCCCAGUUACAGGAGGUGCAGGUGUGCAAAAAGCAAUGUCCAUGCAGGAAGGGAAAGGUAUAAAUAAAGCGGAUUCAUCUUCUUGGGAAGACAGUUUACUGUAGCGAAGCGCGACUUUGCACGAUCAUGAACUUCAACUUUUCGCAUUGGUUUGGCGGGGAGCGUAUCAUAGCAAGCUCAGGGCCGCGAGGAGAAAGAUACAUCUUACCAAUUAUUUCAAAAAAUCGUGCUGGAAUAUUUCGAAAACAAGGUACGCCCGCCGCCGCAGCCGUGACGGGUGCUUCUCCUGGCUCCUUGGAGCUGGGAAAAGUUUCUGACGCUGACCUCGCCAAAACGCUGAAGGCGCUGCGACGCGAGAUCCGCACACGCGCAACGAAACUACAGCAGGACCAGUAUGACCUCAAAGGAGCGCUGUACCGGGCGGAACACGUUGUAUCACAGACUGAAUCUACUUCUGCAACGUCAGCUUCCGACCCUUUUAAGUGCGGCAAUGACCACAAGCUGCAGGACAGCGCGAUUGCAGUGGGGACAGCGACAUCUUCUUCGCUGCAAGGCGUUUCUACUUCAUCAGCGCAAGCUGGUAAUGCCGUCGAGCAAGUGCUCAUCAUCGGGGCCGGACCCGCGGGUUUAGCCGCUGCGCUCUACGCUGCGAGGGCGGGGCUUUGCCCGCUGGUAGUCGCGCCCAAGUUCACCCACGUUGGGCAGCUCAUGGGCAAAGGCGUGGACGUGGAAAACUACCCGGCGCUGGAGCGGACCACGGGUGUCGCGAUGGUGUCGGACAUGCGGCUCCAGGCGGAAGCGUUUGGAGUGCGGUUUCUCACCGGAUACUGUAACGACAUCACUGUACCUGGAAGUGCCGGAAGUGGUACGAGUUUCGAAGUUUCUGCUAUGCAGGAAAGCGAAAAACUAGCCUUGCACUGGGUUAAACUUCCGCACUUUGGUUCUGGUAACUCCAAAAAUGAAAUAUGAGUUUUACAACCAAACAUUUUCCUUUUUUUACGUGAAAUACGCAUUAUUCAAUCCCGUCGUGCCAACUUGGGUUUUUCGUUUUCCUUUCAUACCUCUGCAAAAGGAACUGACGAAUGCAUUGGAGGUGCAGGGUAGCGGCGCUGCUGGCACGGUAGACCAAGCCGCGUCGCUGACGUCAGACAUGUUUCGGUAUGAGGACAUGGCGGAAAAAAACACGACCUCGCACACGCUCUUGAAGGUCUCGGCCUCCUCCGUCAUCUUCGCCACUGGGGCUGCUAGCCGCUGGCUCAACGUACCGGGGGAGUACGAACUGCGAGGGAAGGGAGUACUGAUUUUUUACAUAUAAGUAACCAGGAUAUGCAACAUAUGACAUUGGUCCGGUCUAUGUGACUGAUAUGAAUAUCGUUCAGGAGCUGGAUAUAUCAAUUACAAAAUAAUCAAAAUGAAAAUCAGAUUUCUUCCUGCGCUGCCUGUGAUGGGUUUCUGUUCCGCGGGAAAAAGUGCGUUGUGAUCGGCGGUGGCGACACUGCCAUGGAGGAGGCGCUUUUUCUACUCCGGGUCUGCGCCUUCCCCUUGAAAAUAAUUCACCGUCGAGACGCCUUCCACCGAGCGAGUAAGGCCUUGAGCGGUCGGGUGCACGCCGCGGUGGCGAAGAACCAGGUGGAAAUUCACUGGAACAGCCGGGUGGUCAAGUUUCUCUCGCUAACUGGCGGCGCGCUGAGCAACGUGGAGAUUGAAAGUACGAAGAUUUUUUCGGAGGAGUUGGCACAAAGUACGGAAAGCAACCGGAAACUGCUCGACGCCGAUGCGGCUUUUGUCGCGAUUGGCCACCAGCCAAACACGGGUGUACUGCAGGGCAAGGUGGGAUUUCAAGGGAAGCACGAGGGGUAUUUGUCAACAGCAGGUGGACUUCAACACGCUGGGCAGACAUCUACUACUUCAGCUGGGAUUUAUGCAACGCAAACUACUGUCCCUGGGCUUUUCGCAGCGGGCGACGUCGCGGACCCGGUUUACCGUCAGGCUAUUACUUCCGCUGGAAGUGGAGCACAAGCAGCAUUGGAUGCGGAGAGGUGGUUGACGGCGAAGCAAAUGUAA